UAUACGUAUACGUAUAUCCGUGUACCGCAUUAAACGCGAUAAAAUAAAAAUACCCAAGUUAACAAGGAUCGAAACCCACGUGUCUGUUGCAUACGCCAUUCUACAUUCACGUAUGGCUUUAGCGGCUCGUUGAUCUGCCUAAUUACUCGUCAGCAAAUUUGAUCCGAGCAACGGACGAUAAGCAACUGAUAAGUAUAUAAGCCAAUUGUAUCCCCGAUCAAUCCUCGGCCCGCAUCAAUCUCUGGUGAAUCAGCUGUGAAGAGCAGCGAGAGAUUUUGACGAUUGUUCGAAAGAGGCAAUACAAGUAAAUAUAAACGUGAAUAUGGUUUUUCUUCUUCUUUCGGGCCUGUAAAAAAAAAAAAAAAAUUCUAUCCGCCAAGUCCGCAUGUACGAAAGUUCUCGGCGCAAUCAGAAGUUGGGAAAUGCGAUUCCGCUAGGUUGGCAAAUCUGUUUCAUUCGCAACAAAAAAAGCCGAAUCAUCUUCGCGUGGGAACAACAUCGAUCGCCGGGUGAACAAUUUCGCACAGUGAAUAUCACCGAGACGGUCCAAGAUGUCGGAGAUUGUUAUCUCCGAGUGUACGAGCACGACGAAAUCCCCGAAUGAGUUGGCUCCGAUCGCAAAUUCGUCGGUACGUGAUCGCUGGUGGUCGCCAGCGAUUAGAAAAGUGACGCAAAAAAGCUACAUCUGUGAUCUGUACGUGAAGAUGCGCAAGCGUCUGAACAAAGUUAACCGCGUGUCGAGGUCCUUUCUACCACCGGCAAAGAUCCAAAUCGAGGUGGACGAUGAUCCGGGCGGGGUGAUCACGGAAUCGUACGUGAAAAAAUUUUCCCUCAUCAAGUCAAUUUUCGACGUUAGAGACAACGAAAAUCUCGAGGAUAAACCGAGCGUUCACGAAAUCAACGCCUGGGCUGUUAGGCUCGAUGCUGAAGCUGCUCACUCAACCCUCUUGGAUAUGACAGAGGACGUGAAAAAUGCACAGCACCAAGAAUCGGAAACAACGAUGAAAUAUGCAUUUUGAUAUUAUUACGUAAAAUAAAUCGAUCGUUUUUAAACCCCCCGCUGGAAUCAGCUAAUCCACAAAAGCUGCUGUAUAAGGUACUAUCAAGUCUUGAAUUAGAAUUAGUGGGGUUGUAAAUUAAUUUUUUCCUGCUUCAUGAAAGUAUCCGACCUGGGACUCGCGGUUGUCAGAAGCCGAAGAGGAAUAAUGUCUUUUUUUCAAUUUUAAUUCCUUGUAUAUUGUAUGAUUGUAGUUUGAAAUUUGUAUGAUGUUAUAAGU